CAUUCAUUCAUCGCGUAGCAGUGAGCGAAAACGGUGGGAAGUGUUUUGUGUUGCUGUUGCUGCUGCUGAAAGAAGCAUAAACAAAAAGUGCAUUAUUUUGAAAGCGGUCUCUAGUUUAGUGGGUUUACUAGCGCGUUGUGAUUCCCUAAAGAAACAGUUCGAAAAAUGCAGUCGCAUAGCAAGAAACGGGUUUGCUAUUACUACGACAGUGACAUCGGCAACUACUACUAUGGCCAGGGACAUCCGAUGAAGCCGCACCGCAUACGUAUGACGCACAACCUGCUGCUCAAUUAUGGUCUCUACCGGAAGAUGGAAAUCUAUAGACCACACAAAGCCACUGCCGACGAAAUGACGAAGUUCCACUCGGAUGACUACAUUCGGUUCCUGCGUUCGAUCCGUCCUGACAACAUGUCCGAGUACAACAAACAGAUGCAGAGAUUUAACGUCGGCGAGGAUUGUCCGGUGUUUGACGGACUGUACGAAUUCUGUCAGCUGUCGGCCGGUGGAUCGGUGGCAGCUGCCGUGAAGCUCAAUAAACAGGCAUCGGAAAUUUGCAUAAACUGGGGCGGUGGAUUGCAUCACGCGAAAAAAUCCGAAGCUUCCGGAUUCUGCUACGUGAACGACAUCGUGUUAGGUAUUUUAGAACUUCUGAAGUACCACCAGCGGGUGCUGUAUAUCGAUAUCGAUGUGCAUCAUGGGGACGGCGUGGAGGAGGCGUUCUACACCACGGACCGCGUGAUGACGGUGAGCUUCCACAAAUACGGAGAGUACUUCCCAGGAACGGGUGACCUGAGGGACAUCGGAGCCGGGCGGGGCAAGUACUACGCCGUGAAUAUUCCGCUGAGGGACGGAAUGGACGACGAGUCGUACGAGUCGAUCUUUGUGCCGAUCAUUUCGAAGGUUAUGGAAACCUUCCAACCUUCGGCGGUGGUGCUCCAGUGUGGUGCCGAUUCCCUCACCGGUGAUCGUCUCGGCUGUUUCAACCUCACAGUCAAGGGUCACGGCAAAUGUGUAGAAUUCGUUAAAAAAUACAAUCUUCCUUUCCUGAUGGUGGGCGGCGGUGGCUAUACCAUCCGCAACGUGUCCCGCUGCUGGACCUACGAAACUUCCGUCGCACUCGGUUCCGAGAUUGCGAAUGAACUGCCGUACAACGACUACUUCGAGUACUUUGGACCGGACUUCAAACUGCACAUUAGCCCCAGUAAUAUGAGCAACCAGAACACGACAGAAUACCUGGAGAAGAUCAAGAAUCGGUUGUUCGAAAACUUGCGCAUGUUGCCACACGCGCCGGGCGUGCAGGUGCAAGCCAUCCCGGAGGAUGCUGUGAACGAGGAAAGCGACGACGAAGACAAAGUCGACAAGGACGAGCGGUUGCCCCAGGCCGACAAGGACAAACGGAUAGUACCGGAUAAUGAAUUCUCCGACUCGGAAGACGAGGGCGAGGGCGGUCGAAGGGACAACCGAUCGUACAAAGCUGGUGCCCGAAAACGGCCGCGGCUUGACAAGGACGCCAAGUCGGAAGACAUGAAGGACGAUGCUGAAGUGAAAGCCGAAACAACGGGUGAUAAAGAGGAGGUCAAAGCCGGUGGUGAGGAAUCGUCAAAGAAGGAAACGACCGCCGUUGCAUGAUCGGCGCUGGCCGCGUACCGGAAAUAGCCCGCCACUAGCAUAAUGAAACAGUGAUUUUUCCGCGCGCCGCCAGAACACAAUGAAUGGCAUGAGACACAAAACUAACACAGCCACGCAUAACAGAAAACGGAAGCAUCCACACAAGCGUACACAUUCGAGACGACAGUAGGCUCGACCCUGUUCUGAUGUUAGUCUGUAAGGGCAAGUUUAUGUUCAUCACUUCUUAGACAAAGCGAUAGUUUUUAAUCUAUUCUGUUUUUUUAACGACUGUGACGAAAAUAAGAUGGACUCUUAUUGAUUCAAACGUUUCUACUUCUGCAUCUAUAUUUUAAAAUGUAAGAAAACAAAUAAAAUGGCAGAAAACAAACAGAGCGAUGUCAGGUCAAAUCAAUCAUUUGUGGCAAUUUGUUCAGUUUUUGUGUGUCCUUUUAUCACUGACAUCAAGUUUUUUUCAUAAUUUUUUUUAAAAUAAUAAAUUGUUCUUUGAACAAAUUUAUUGUUAAGUAUUUCUUCAAAAUGGAUCGUUUUAUUUGUAACAAUUCACCUUCUUGACGUGAAAUCAACAAGUAAAUUAUUUAGCUCUUUUUUAGUGGAAUGCUUUCACUGUCAUAAGAUUAGUUUAGCACAAUUCCAUUUAUUUCCACCACCUUGAAAUACUUUUACAUAUACGUAUUUCGACCUCAACUGUAAGGUCGUCAUCAGUGUCUCAUACUUGACUCGAAUAGUUGAAAAGAUUUAAAAUUGACGAUCCUAUUACGCUAAUUACUUGGCCGUACCGAGUUUCUUGGUUUGCAAUACAUGAUUAACAUCUGUCACCCACAUACCGUGGGCCUCAUUAGGUUUCUAAUGAUGUUCCUAUGUACAAUUUUCAAUUAGUUGGAAUGCUACUGCGUAAAGGCUGUUUUUUUAGCGAUCUGUAGGUAUUUUAUUCGUUGAUUUGAUCUGUAUUGACUCUGGAAGCAAAGUAUAAAAAAAAUCCGACGUUCCUGUCACCGUGUUCGAACGAAGGAAAAUUAUUAGCCGGUAUUAUAGUUAGAAUUCAAAUUGGCUUAAAACCAAUAAUUGGACUUGUUUUCUCCGUAUUAAAGCUACAAUUUCAGCGUAUUUAAACCCCUGCCUGGUCAAUCUACAUUUAGACACAAACUAACAGAUCACAGCCGGAAAUAGCAAAAUAUAUAAAUCAGAUACAAAUUGCAGAACACAAACCAUGAUACAAAUUAACAUGAUCUCAGGAACGUAACCCACACGUUUUGAACACAAUAACACAUCUUUUGUUUUUCCUCAAUUCAUCCUUUGCUUUGAUAAAUUUCAUCUUAGCUGUUAAGUACAAUCCAGAGAAAGAGAGAUUAAUAUUUAUUCAAUUCACUCAUUUCCAUCCAUAUCCCAUACAAAGAAACUGUGUAAGAUCUUCUUAGUUAGGUCGUCGAAAAAAAUUGCUAUUCACAGAAUGGCUAAAAUAUGUUAGGUUAAAAGAAUAUUAUUCGCACCACUUGAAAAAAAAUUAAAACUAAACCGAGGCGCAAGCAAAUUGAUAAAUAUAUAAAUUAAUGAAAUUAGCACUGAACUUAUUAAAUGUAGAGAUAGACAUACACGAUAGGCUACUACUACAAGUGGAUAAGAAAUAUUUUAUUUCCCAAUCGAUGUAAGAAAAGAAGAACGAUGAUUAUGAGAUGAGAGCUGAAUAAAUGCUUACAAGAUCAGACAGGUCUUGAGGCAUGAAACAGA